GAAGGGAAGGGAAGGGAAGCGAAGGGAAGGGAAGGCGAGGGAAGGGGAAGGGGAAGGCAAACGAAGCGAAUGAAGCAAUCGACGCGUAGAUAGAAGAGCAGGAGGAGGAGCGAGGGAGGACGAGCGCGAGGGCGAGAGCCGAGGACGUCCUGCGAUCGGCCGAGAUGGUGCUCGUCGGAGCUGUGCGCGACUACGUCAACCGAAUGCUGCACGAUCUGAAUGGGAUGAAAGUCUUGUUACUCGAUACUCACACGGUUGGUAUAAUGAGUGUUGCUUUGAGCCAGUCAGAGCUUCUUCAGAGAGAAGUCUUUCUGGUGGAGAAAGUGGAUGCACCAGCUAAAGAAGUAAUGACGCACCUCAAGGCAGUGGCUUUUUUGCGGCCCACUGGGGAAAAUAUCAAUCACCUCAAACGUCAUUUGACUAGCCCACGAUUUGGCGAGUUCCAUUUAUUUUUCUCCAACUUCCUGAAGCCAUCCCACAUUCAAAUUCUGGCAGACUCAGAUGCACACGAGGUGGUGCAGCAAGUGCAGGAAUUUUUCGCGGACUACUUUGCUAUAGACCCAUACCACUUUACCCUCAAUCUGCCCUCCAACUACCUGUGCAUGCUGCCAACCGUACUGGACCCUCAAAACAGUCAACUGGCCUGUGACCGAAUUGUUGAAGGGAUAGCUGCCGUAUUUUUAUCAAUGAAAAGACGACCUGCCAUUCGAUACCAGCGGAGUUCUGAAAUCUCCAAACGAGUUGCUCAAGAUGCAGCGAAAUUGAUGUAUGAACAAGAAAAUGCUCUAUUCGAUUUCAGGCGUUCGGAAGUUGCGCCUUUGUUGCUGGUUAUCGAUAGGAGAGAUGACCCAGUCACGCCAUUAUUGAAUCAGUGGACCUACCAGGCGAUGGUGCACGAGCUACUUGGGAUUCAGGACAAUCGAGUGGAUUUGAAGAACUUGCCGAAAGUUCCGAAGGACUUGCAGGAGGUGGUUUUGUCGUCAGAGCAAGAUUCGUUUUUCAAAAGCAACAUGUAUGAGAACUUUGGUGAUCUCGGAGCUAACAUAAAAAAGAUGGUAGAUGAAUUCCAGUCGAGGGCUAAGAGCAAUCAAAACAUACAAACCCUCGAGGACAUGGUGAAGUUUGUCGAGAAUUACCCAGAAUAUAGGAAGCAACAAGGCAACGUUUCCAAGCAUGUGACUCUGAUGACAGAGAUGAGCCGGAUAGUUGAUGAACGGCAGUUAAUGUCUGUGUCACAAACAGAGCAAGAACUGGCUUGCACUGCUGGACAGCCAGUAGCAUUUGAGGCUGUUGUGCAGCAUUUGAAUAACGAUCGCGUUACAGAGAUAGAUCGACUACGACUGGUCAUGCUCUACGCCCUGCGGUACGAGAAAGAGAGUCCACAGUCUGUAGAGCAGUUGGUGUCCAGAUUCGGAGCAAGGUCUAAUAGGUGGAAGCCAGGGCUAGUGCAAACUUUAUUGAAACAAUGCGGUGUGGAGAAACGAACAGGAGAUCUUUACGGCAACAGAGAUCUUUUCAACAGAGCUCGUAAUAUGGCUCGAGGUCUCAAAGGCGUGGAGAAUGUUUACACGCAACAUCAGCCACUAAUCGCACAGACCAUUGAGAACAUUGUGAGGGGCCGAUUACGUGACGUUGAUUACCCCUUUGUGGGGAAUCAUUACCAGCAGGGGAGGCCUCAAGAUGUGGUUAUCUUCAUUGUUGGUGGAACAACAUAUGAAGAAGCUCGCAUGGUUUCGAUGCAAAAUGCAGCACAGAAUGGUACUCGUGUUCUUCUGGGUGGUUCAGUGGUCCUUAAUUCUUCGAGUUUCAUAUGUGAUUUGGAAGAGAUACACCGAAUGAAGCGAGUCGAGCGGAGUAGUAUCUUGCGGUGAAGGAGGAAGAACCUCUUGUUCCCCUUGGCCUUGCAGGGCCAGAAAAUAAAUUACUUCUGUCUGGUUAGGUAGAGUUGAGUGAGGUAAAGAUUGUAAAGAUAAGGUAUGGUAAAAAGUUUCUAAAUUUAGAGAUAAAUCAUUUUUUCAAGGUUAGCAAAUACUAGGAAGCCUCCAGAGGACAGAGGUAAAAGUGUAUAAGGGCCGAGGUUCGCCAGGUAUGUCUUUCGCCUAUUUGUAACAAAAAGAAAGUUGCAACUUCGCAAAUGUUUCAAACGACACACCAAGGAAUUCCAGAGCGUAGGUGUGAGCACUAAUCACCUAGUUCAAGAUAACUUGUACUUAUAGCAGCACGUAAGGGCAUCAGACGGAUGGAUAGAAAUAUUGAAUUCAUCUCAUUGGGUCUUCAACAGUAGAACAUGCGAUUGAGCAAGGAGAAGUUGAUCAAACCGUUAGAGCAGUUCCAUCAUUAUCUUUGGAAGAGCUUGCAAUAUGACCAUCAUUUUGUGAACAGUUUGCGUGUUUUUAGUUUUCAAGUUCUACACCUGCAUUGUAUAUUUCGUCAUUUCAA